AUGCCUAAAUCCAAAAGAACAAGAACAGGUUGUCUCUGUUGUAGAAGACGUCAUAAAAAAUGUGAUGAAUUGAAACCAAGUUGUAAAUUUUGUAUUUCAAAAGGUUUAAAAUGUGAAUGGCCUAUAAAAGGUUCUAUAUUUGUUAAUUAUCAAUCAAAUACAACAACAAAUACAAAUAACUCUAGUUUUGAUUCGGAUCAAUCCCAAUCAAGUGAUUCAAGAAAAUCAUCAAUCGAUGAGAAUCUAUACAAAUUAUCAAAUAAUGUUAACACUAAUAAUUCAUUACCUCCUAUAAAGCAUUAUCAUAUGGUUAUACCCAGAGAGCAUCAGUACACUUCAACAAUUUUCACAUCACCACAAACGUCACCAACUUUUAAAGAAAUGACUUUCAAUUCAAUAAAUAGUGAAGAGAAAAACCCAAAUAGUAUAGUUCCAAUGAAUUUCAACACUUCUAAAAGAUUAAGUGUGGAUUCUUUAUUGAAUUGA